UAUUUUUAUGGAUGAACUUUCCCUUUCCCUGUGUUUUAACACUGUAUUUUGCAAAACUCCUAAAUUAUUUAACUGCUGUUUCUCUUACAGGAGUGCAUUUAGGAACCAGAAAAGCUGAUUUAUGAUAACUGCUUUAAACUCAAGCAACCAAAAGCGUAUGAAUUAGAAGUUGCUGACAUUUCAAUAUGAAGGACAACUUCAGUCUUGCCACCAUCAGCAAAAACCUUACCAGCAGUCUGGAACUUGCCAACGUAUCUGGCAACAAUGAGUCCACCUUUAACUGCUCACAUAAACCAUCAGAUAAGCAUUUAGAUGCAAUUCCCAUUCUGUAUUACAUUAUUUUUGUGAUUGGAUUUUUUGUUAAUACUGUUGUGGUUACACUGUUCUGUUGUCAAAAGGGUCCUAAAAAGGUUUCUAGCAUUUACAUCUUCAACCUGGCUGUGGCUGACUUACUUCUUUUGGCUACUCUUCCUCUCUGGGCAAGCUAUUAUUCUUACAGAUAUGACUGGCUUUUUGGACCUGUGAUGUGCAAGGUUUUUGGUUCUUUUCUGACUCUGAAUAUGUUUGCAAGCAUUUUUUUUAUUACCUGUAUGAGUGUUGAUAGGUACCAAUCAGUUAUCUACCCCUUUCUGUCUCAAAGAAGAAAUCCCUGGCAGGCAUCUUACAUAGUUCCCCUGGUUUGGUGUAUGGCCUGUCUGUCCUCAUUGCCAACAUUUUAUUUCCGAGAUGUCAGAACCAUUGAGUACCUAGGGGUGAAUGCUUGUGUUAUGGCUUUCCCACCUGAGAAUUAUGCCCAGUGGUCAGCUGGGAUCGCCUUAAUGAAAAAUAUCCUUGGUUUUAUUAUCCCUUUAAUAUUUAUAGCAACAUGUUACUUUGGAAUCAGGAAACACUUACUGAAGACCAACAGCUAUGGGAAGAACAGAAUAACCCGUGACCAAGUCCUGAAGAUGGCAGCUGCUGUUGUCCUGGCAUUCAUCAUUUGCUGGCUUCCCUUCCAUGUUCUGACCUUCCUGGAUGCUCUGGCCUGGAUGGGUGUCAUUAAUAGCUGUGAAGUUAUAGCAGUCAUUGACCUGGCACUUCCUUUUGCCAUCCUCCUUGGAUUCACCAACAGCUGCGUUAAUCCCUUUUUGUAUUGUUUUGUUGGAAACCGAUUCCAACAGAAGCUCCGCAGUGUGUUUAGGGUUCCAAUUACUUGGCUCCAAGGCAAGAGAGAGAGUGUGUCUUGCCGAAAAAGCAGUUCUCUUAGAGAAAUGGACACCUUUGUGUCUUAAAAAUGAGAGUGGAAUGCAUGCAAUCAAUAUGGCUAAUUGUCCUGAGGCCCAUCAGAAUUAUCUUUAAAUGGCUUUAGCAAUAGAAGUCCCUCCCCCUUAUCUAAUCUUUACUCAUUCUUCUAAAACAGGAAACAAAGUGUAACUAAAUUUUAUCCUUCAGUGACUUUCAGGAAUUGUCCAUUGUUUUUCUGGUAUAUUGGUUCAAGACUGUCAUUAGUGAGACAGAUCCAUAACCCAGAAGUAAUUGGGGAUUUAUCUCAAAUUAUAAUUAAUCCUAAAUUGUGAUUAAUGAUUUGGGGUUCAUAUUUCUCAUUGAAAAAUGCUGGCAUUUCUUAAUGAGAUUUUAUGUCCAUUUUUAUCAAGUUCUUUAUUCUUGAACCAGGAACAGGUUUACAUUGUUGCAUUAUUUACCAGGCAACAUUGUAACAGAGAUAAGCAGUAAAUUGAGUAUACUAUUCCAAUAUAAUAAUAUAAUGGAUUAGUACUUGAUUAUUCAGGCACUAGACACAUACUUUCUACUUUUAAAAAAUUACAAGUUCUAUUCCUUUUACAUUUCACGUGAGCAUAGCUUUACACUUAAGAGGUAGCUACAUAUCAAGCAAGGCUAGGAAUAUAGAUUAAAUCACACUUCUGCAUUUUGGCUUAUUUUUACAGUUAUAGAAAAUAAAAUGAAUAAUAAAACAAUUGCAAUUGACACAUAUUUGAGUGUUCACUAAAUUCUGAAUAAGUAGUUUUUAAAAACUUUCUAUGCAUUUUAACCAUUGUUUAAAGGCUUAUUUUUUUCUGAUAAUUUUUUUGAAAACUAUAAACACUGUGUAUUGUUAUAAAAUGUAAAGGUCACUUUUUACAUCUCUGACCUUUUAAAUGUGGUGCUUUGAUAUAUAGAAUGUUGACUUGAUUUUUAUUAUUGAUGUUUUGGUUCUGGGUUGCUUCCCAAAAUAUCUGGGUGGAUUCUUUGACUCAUAAUAAACUCUAAACUGGCAUAAAAAAAGGUUAUAGCAGAAUGAAUAUUUGAUUACCUCCUCCCCCUGGAAAGGGGAAAAGAGACCCAGCAAAUGACAAGUUUGGUGAGGCAAGGGAUCUGACAGGUAGGGCUGUGCAAUGUGGCUUUCAGAAUACAGAUCCUGGUGGGUAAUUUUAAACUAUAUCUAUGUUUACUGUUUGCUCCAGAAUCCAUGGGAUUCUGUGGACUAUUUUAAACUAAUCACUGGUUCACAGCUCUCCUACUCAGUACUAUUAGAACUCCUAAGUUAGAGGAAUACCUCAACUUUACUUAGAUGAGAAUAUAAAUUCUAAUUUUACAAGUUCAAGAUUUUAUUCUGCACCCAUAUUAUACAAGGUUACCUCAGACCUUCCUAGAUCAAUGCUUACCUGUGAGGUAGAAUUAAAGUUUGGGAGUUUUAACAUCUCUGUCAAGUUUCAGGGCUACAGACAGAAGAAUCCUCUCAUACUAUUUUUUGGGAAAGCCCCAAUUUCAUGUAAUCAUGUUAUUUUCA